AUGUAUUCUGUACCAGAAGAGACCAGAAAGGUUUUCCAUCAAGGGAUAUUGGAAAAUCCUACCAUCAUCCCCAACCUGCCAAAGGACUUUCAAGAUCAUGCCAAGAAGAUCAAAUUCGAAGGAGAGGAUGCUCCAACUAUACCAAUAAACUGGCGAUUCGCUGAGAGUAUAUCUUCAAUCAAAGCUUUGGAAGCGACGGUGCUUUUAUCGCUGUUGAAAAAGAAAUAUGAUGUGGAGCCGAAAGAAGUUAUCAUCAACACCGAUCAUGCACAACUUUUUAUCAUGUCUACUCUAUUGUGGGAGAUUAAUCACGAAGGAACCAAGGUGACACUAUUCAAUGCCUCUGAUCCGAAUUCUGAAAAUGGAAAACUUCUUGCAAAAUGGUUCCCUUCGACCGAUAUUCACAGAUUACAAGGAACAUAUCAUCGUGCCUCUUGUACAAACAUUUACAAGACAAAAGAUGGAAAGUACUUUCAUAUACAUGGAAGCAUGAAUCCAGAUCCCAGCUUGGAUAGUAUUGGACUACCUCAUGAAAUGGACCAGCCAAGCGUUGAAGCGUCUUGGAAUCCAUUCAUAGAAAAAAUAGGACAAAUAGAUUCAGAUGACAUGCAAAGAAUAGCAUCAGAUGAGUACAAACAGGCAGGAACGAUUUGUUGGACAAAGGAAGAAUAUAAAAAUAGCGAGCAUGGCAAAGCCAAUGCUAACGUUGGAUUAUUUGAAAUCAGACAUUAUCCAAAUGCCACCCAAGGUGCAAGUUGGUGGCCUGAAACAGAGCAAACAAGUGCAAAGCGACCUUUGGCUGGCUUGAAAAUCGUUGACAUCACCCGAGUCAUCGCAGCUCCAGCAAUCGCAAGGGGUUUAGCAGAAUUGGGUGCAAGUGUCAUGAGGAUCACUCCUCCACAUCUCCAGGACUACUCUCAACUGCACUGCGAUCUAAAUUGGGGAAAAUGGAACACCCAUUUGGACUUCAGGAACAAGGAUGAUCUUGAGAAAGCCAAGGAAUUGAUCCGAGACGCAGAUGUUGUUGUUACUGGUUACAGACCGGGAGUCCUUGAUAAAUACGGGCUCGGAAAUGAUGGCAUUCGCGAGCUAGUCAAAGGCAGAAGUCGAGGUAUUAUCAUCGCAAGAGAAAAUUGUUACGGAUGGCAUGGUCCUUGGUCAUAUCGAAGUGGAUGGCAACAGAUUAGCGACGCAAACUGUGGUGUCUCUAUGGAAUUUGGUCGAUCUAUGGGCAACGAUGAGCCUGUCACACCUAUCUUACCAAAUUCGGACUACUGCGCUGGAGUUUCAGGUAUUGUUGGAAUCCUUCAAGCACUGAUACAGCGCUCAGAAACUGGCGGCUCCUACGAAAUGGAUGUGGCUCUAAACUACUAUUCUCAGUGGCUUGUCAACUCAUGUGGCAUGUAUCCACAAGAAGUUUGGGAGGAUCUAUGGUCAAGGAAUUGCAAACCUGUAUUCCGACACUACCACAAUAUGAACUAUACAAUGCCCAGGCUAUUCCAGACCCUAAUAAAGUCAGGCACUGGCAAAACUAUCUUACGCGAUGAAUUCUUCGAGAAUAGAGAAACUAAGGCUGUCGGGGUAAAUAUCAAAACUGUAAAACCUAUUUUAAGGUUCCCGAACAACGAGGUGGAAUUGAGGUACAAUGUUGGUACCAGAACAAACGGUGUUGAUGCUGCGCAUUGGCCGACUGAUCUGAUGACAGAAAUAGUAGUAUAA